AUGCCACAGAACAAUUACAUAGAGCUGCACAGAAAGAGGUAUGGAUACCGAUUCGACUACUUUGAAAAAUCCGAAAAAAAAGAAGCCAGGAAAGUACACAAAGAAUCACUGAAAGCUAAGAAAUUAAGAGGAAUAAAGGCAAAAAUAUAUAAUAAGAAAAAAUAUACAGAAAAAGUAAAUCUAAAGAAGACUAUUAAAGCACAUGAGCCAAAGGAUGUAAAAAAAAGAACCAAAAUUAAUGAUGAAAAUGGAUUACCAUCAUACUUAUUAGACAGAACCCAAAUUAAACACACGAAAGUUUUAACAAACUUACUUAAACAGAAGAGAAAAAGUAAAGCAGGAAAAUGGGAAUUGCCAAUUCCCAAAAUCCAAGCUUUAAAUGAAGCGGAAAUGCUAAGAGUUGUUAAAUCAGGUAAGAGAAGAAGAAAAACAUGGAAACGAUUAAUUGAUAAAAUAUCAUUUGUUGGUAAUGAUUUCACAAGAAAAAAUCCUAAGUUUGAAAGAUAUAUUAGACCAAGUAGUUUACGAUUUAAAAAAGCUAAUGUUUAUCACAGUGAAUUAAAAACUACCUUCUCACUAGACAUAAUAAGUGUAAAGGUUAAUCCGCAAUCAAAUUUAUAUACUAACUUAGGGAUAAUUACAAAAGGUACCAUUAUAGAAGUCAAUGUAAGUGAAUUGGGGCUUGUAACUCAAUCAGGAAAAGUGAUAUGGGCCAAAUUCGCUCAAGUCACUAACAACCCAGAGUUGGAUGGAUGCAUAAAUGCCACACUCCUCGUGUAG